UUAUUUUCGUUUUUCACACGCGAAAGCUGCACGUGUCAUACAGAGUGAGAGAAACUCGGAAUGGCAGCGAGUUUGUUGUCGCGCAGCAGUGGGCGUGUGGUGUCGCUGGGCGGGCGGCGGCACGUAAGUACCACGGCGUCCGUGUCCUCCGCUGUCAGUAAAAUUGGCAGCCGCGAGGUUGUGGGCCACGGCUUCAACGGCGAGGCCAGCUACAUGGACCGCGCCGACUACCCGUUCCCGGCUGUCCGGUUCCGAGAACCAAGCGCCGAGUUCAAGGCUUUGUUGGCGAAGGAGAAGGGCGACUGGAAGAAUUUGAGUGUGGAAGAGAAAAAGGCGCUGUACAGGUUCUCGUUCUGCCAGACCAUCGCCGAGCUGAAGGCGCCAACCGGGGAGUGGAAGUUCUGCAUAGGAUUUGGGCUGUUCCUCAGCAGCUUCGCCAUUUGGAUCUACAUCUGGAUGAAAAGAUGCGUGUACUCACCCAUGCCGGAGUCGACGACGUUGGAGAACAAGCAGGCCCAACUGCGCCGUAUGAUCGACAUGCGCAUCGACCCGAUCGACGGCGUGUCUUCGCGCUGGGACUACGAGAACGACCGCUGGAAGUCUUCUUGAACGGUUUCUUUUCUCUGUCGUGCGAGUGGAACGCAAGCCAUUUAUCGAUCCCUGCAUGAGUGCAGUUGUUAGUGUACGAUAUUGCGGCACGAACCUCGUUGGCACAUGAUGAUCGUGUGAAAUGUAUAGUUGGUGAAACAUUGGAUGGAAA